AUGCACAUCACUUACGGGUCCAAUGAUCGGCGGAGAGAUUCGCGGCUAGAAGCCGCUGAUCUUUCCUCCGAUUAUAUCAGGGAAGACCCUCACACGAGGGACAGUGGAGCCUGGGAAGCCAACGGCGACAUCGACGAGCAUGCACUGCAAAAUAGUAAAACAAAAUCAUUCUGGCUAGAUCAGCAAGCACAGGGGAAGGUGGACAUAAUAUUUAAAAAAGUAGAGAAGAAAUUAAGGCUGCUGUGGCAAAAAAUCAAAGAUGGGUCUGCAACAGACAAAGAAUACUCAAGUGCCUACCUGUUGGUGAGUGAAGACGUUUUACUAGCUCAAGAAUCUUAUGACUGCAAUAAAAAUACAGUUGAACUGCCAAAAAAUGAGGAUCAAUCACCAGAAAGGUGUAAAGAAGAGGUGACAGGCCCAGACCCUGAUGUAUCUGACACACCUUUACCGUUCAUCACACAACAUGUUUGUUUUUUGGAACAUACCUGUAGAGAGACAUGCCUCUCUGAAGUUAAUCCAUACUUCAACAGAAGAGGAAAUCCACUCCGGUUCCCGCUCCUGUGUCAAUUCCAUCGGUGGCAUGCCAAGUCUGACCUUCUUUCCCGGCAGUUGGAUGUCAUCUACAAAGCCCCUUGUGGAAAGAGUCUGCGAAACUAUGAAGAUGUGCAUUCUUACCUCUUUGAGACAAAGUGUCACUUUUUAUUUCUGGACUAUUUUUCAUUCAACACUUUCCUUCAGCUGGAGAGAAAGCCAGUGACGGAUCCAGCAGUUCAGGAAGCAGAUAUAAGCAGAGAUGUGGAGCUGGUGCCAGUCUCCCUCUGCAAUGAGAUUGAUGACACCAAACCAUCUCCUUUUACAUAUAGGAAGAGCCCAUGGCCGCGGGGAUACUUUGUUAAUAAUUUUACCGACCUUUUUAUCGGAUGCUGUGACUGUACAGAUGGCUGUUUAGAUGUGUCAACAUGUACAUGUUUGCAACUGACAGCCAAAGCAUAUAAUAAUUAUGUGUCAUCACCCAAGCAGAUGCCUACAAAUGGUUAUAAGUAUAAACGCCUCCAGGUUCCUAUUCCCACUGGGCUAUAUGAAUGUAAUGUUUCUUGUAAAUGUGAUCGAAGAAUGUGUCAGAACCGGGUUGUACAGCACGGUCUUCAAGUCCGACUUCAGGUGUACAAAACCAUAGAGAAAGGCUGGGGGGUGCGCUGUCUGGAUGAUAUUGACAAAGGGACCUUUGUGUGCAUCUAUGCAGGCAAGUUGCAUCUUUAUAUUCAGGAUUUAAGUCAGAUUUUAAUGAAUUCUUCAAAUGUAAACACACAGGAUACCAGUCCAUGUGUGAAGCCCGCUUCCAUUUUUUCUAAAAGAAAACGUCCCAUUUCCCUCUCGGACUCUGAGGUCACUAAUCCUCCACCAAAUUCUUCCAGCAGACAGAAGCCUGGAGAUACUCGAGUAACUUCAGGCUCAAGUCAUCAACCUAAAAUCACAAUCAGAAACAAAAUAAGCCGAUAUCAAGUAGGAAAUACAGGCCUUCCAUCUGUUAAAAGACCUAAAACCAAGACUGCCAUUCUCCAGCAACGCAGAAGGCGGCUCAUGGAAAAGGGUGCGGUCACAGUGCAGCACAGUUCUGAUGAAGAGGAGUUUGUCAUACCUGUCAGUUCUCCAAAACCAAUGCACACAAGCUGCUUAGGACAUGAAGGAGGAGAUGCUGAGAAGACAGAUGCAGGUUAUUUAUCAGAUAAUAGCACCUUGUCUAUACAGUCCACUGAGACUCAGCGGUCUGCUUGUAAACAAAAGGAUGCCCUUCAACACCCAGAGAGCGAAGAAAAUAUUUGGGUCUUAGAUGCUUCGAAGGAAGGGAACGUGGCACGAUUUCUAAAUCAUAGCUGUUUACCAAACCUAUUUGUACAACCCGUGUUUGUAGAAACGCAUUCAAAGAAAUUCCCCUGGGUGGCAUUUUUUACGAAGAGCUACCUAAAAGCUGGGACUGAACUAACCUGGGAUUACAACUACAAUACUGGGAGCGUUCCUGAAGAGGAGAUUCCAUGCCUGUGUGGACAAAAAACAUGCCAAAAUAUAACUGUUUGACUAUUUAAAUAUUCAAAAGCUUCAAGUACA